AUGGAUUCUCCUACGCUAAUAGAAGGUAGUUUACCAGAUCGUAUUAGUAAAAGAGAUCGUGAAAGGAAAAACAUUAUUGAAAGACGGAGAGAAGAAAGGCAAUCAUUGGCUGUUGAAUCUGAACAAAGUAGUUAUUUUAAGGACACAUUUUAUUCAUCAUGUAAGAAAAUUAAAGAAAUGUUAGAUGAUGCACCCAGUGCUCCCACACCAGCUCUUCCUGGAAUAUUUGAUAAAAUAAAUAAAGAAAUUCAGACACUUAAGAAUUACUUAUCGCAAUCAAAGAUGUUUUUAAAAGUUUAUGAUAUUAGAAGAGCACAAGAAAAUUUACAAUUACUAGAAAAUGAAGCUUCUGAAUUAGAAGUGACAUUAUUACCUAAAAAGAAAUUUGGUUUUAAGAACCGAAGAGUUGUAAAGAAAACAUCUGACAAGACACACGAUAUGACAGAUGGUUUAAAGGAUUUGAAAAUAUCAGAAGGAAUUGUAAAUGGUUCUGCAAAACAGAAUCAUAAAUUAUCAAGUAAAUAUGGAGACAGUGCAUUAAUGUUGUUAGGAAAAGUUAAUGAACAAUUAAUUUUGGAUGCUGAAAAUGUGAAUAAAAAUGAUAUUCUACUAUCCGAUUUAAUUCACUGUACAGUACGAAUUUAUGGCACACCUAGUACCUUACACAUGGUAAACUUAAAAGAGUGUACUGUAUUAGUUGGACCAGUAACAUCAUCUGUAUUUGCACACGACUGUAGUGAAUGUGUAUUUGCUUUUGCGUGUCAGCAACUUCGAUUACAUUCUUCAACAGAUUGUACUAUUUAUUUACAUGUUACGAGUAGAUCAAUUAUAGAAGAUUGUACAAAAAUACGUGUAGCACCUUAUAACUGGUCUUACGAAGAUCAAGCAAAUCACUUUAAUCUAGCUGGACUUGAUCCAAAAAUAAAUAACUGGAAUUGCGUUGAUGACUUUAAUUGGUUAUCAAACGAAAAACAUUCACCAAAUUGGAGCAUUCUAGAGCCUGAAUUGCGUGUAAAAUGUUGGGAUUAA